AGUGACCAGUCGCUGAGUCAUUUCCACUCUGGUCAUUUCUGUCGCCGGUUUCAAAGUUUGUGGCUGAACAACAAAGUUCACAAUGACCAGGGGACUUCUCUUCGGUACCAGCUCGGGCAGUCAGAGCCAUAGCAAGUACCUCGUCGAAUUCCGGGCCGGCAAGAUGACGCGCAAGGGGAACAUGGUCCAUCCCGACAAGCGCAAGGGGACCGUCUACGUCCAUCAGAGCGAGGACUCGCUGAUGCAUUUCUGCUGGAAGGACCGCACCUCAGGUUCCGUGGAAGAUGACUUGAUCAUCUUCCCUGAGGACGCUGAAUUCAAGAAGGUGACCCAGUGCACCACAGGCCGAGUGUACGUCCUGAAGUUCAAGUCGUCCAGUCGGAGAUGCUUCUAUUGGAUGCAGGAGCCCAAAGAGGACAAGGACGAAGAGCUAGUACGCAAGGUGAACGAGUACCUCAACAACCCGCCUGUGCCGGGCUCUGGCCGUGGCGCUGGAUCUAGUGGUGCUGGCGGAUCGGGCACCCACCUGCACUCGGACCUGCCCAACAUCGGUGACGAUGACCUGCAGAACCUGCUGAACAACAUGAGCCAGAACCAGCUUGUUCAGCUGCUCGGUGGUAUUGGUGGCGUGGGAGGUGUCGCCAACUUGACUUCUCUGCUGGGAGGGCGAGCGGGGAGCCAAAGUAUCACGCCGACUGGCAGUAUUGGAUCCCCCUCCGAGACCGUCGCAGCAUCUGCAAGCUCGGCUCCGGCCCAGACCACGGCGGCGAGCUCGACUCCCGGGGCCGUGACCGAACUCCCGGCCGCCACUGCUUCUACAGCUUCUUCUGCGACGGCUGGCAACUCGAGUGGCAGUGCCUCGGCUUCUGGCCCGGCCAUUCAGUUGAGCGACCUCCAGAGCAUCCUCUCUGGCAUCAAGGUCCCACCAUCAGAGGCAGCUGGAGCAGAGGCCAACAAGGAACAAGCUGUCAAUGUGGAUCUGUCGACAGCCAUCAACAUGGAGGUGCUGCAGCCUUUGCUGGACAACAAGGAGCUGAUGGGGCGCGUUGAGAAGCUUCUUCCGCCGUCCACAGAGUCCGACAAGCAACCCGACGUAAGCGAACUCCUGCAGGACACCGUCAAAUCCCCACAGUUUCAGCAGGCACUCAGCAUGUUCAGUACAGCUCUUCAUUCAGGGCAGCUGGGGCCUCUGAUGCAACAGUUUGGCAUGGACGACAGCGUCGUUGCAGCUGCAAAUUCUGGAGACAUGGCUCAAUUUGUAAAGGCCCUGCAGGCAUCAAAGGCUGCAAAGGAGGCGAAGUCCACGAAGAAAGAAGAGAAUAUGGACGAAGACAUGGGACUUGACUGAAAAAAGGCCUUCCAAGCACUCUUUGCUCACUGCUACUUUUCGGGUCACUUUAAAUGAUGGGAGACAGUAGCCAACCUUUGCUAACCAUCACUUCUUUCCCCUCCGUGCCGUUUUUCAUCAGACAUUUGUUUAAAAGUGCUUUACAAAGAAAGCAAAAAAAUAAAUUAUGUUG